GGGUGGAUUCUUCAUUUUUGUUUCCUGUCUGGAAGCAGCAGAUAGUGGUUUAUCCUUCUUGUUGGUUGGUGACGGUAUUGAUAGAUUGUACAUUUAUUCAGACAUUGGUUGUCGUUGGUUGUGGAUUGCUUCAUGCUUGUUGCAGCUGCCUUGGAAGCAGCAGAGAGUGGUUUAUCCAUCUUGUUGGUCAAUCACGGAACAAUAGGUGGUACUUGUGUCAACGUGGGUUGUGUACCUUCUAAAAUGCAGAUUCAUGUAGCCUCACUGCUGCACAGUGGAAACUAUGAUCAUAUAGGUAGAAUAACAGGUAACCAUAGCAGCACUCCAUUGUUUGAAUUGGAGAAAUAUCGAGUUCAACAAAAGAAUAGAGUAGAACAACUUCGAACUGCUAAAUAUCUGGAUGUCAUUCGAGGUUAUUCUAAUAUAACUUUGUUAUCAGGAUUUGCCCAAUUUCUCUCGCAACACCAGUUGAUUGUCGAAAAACAAGAAAGUGAAUCCUAUCAAGUUCAUUUUAAAAAGGCUAUCAUAGCAACCGGCUCUUCUCCUUCCAUUCCUCCUAAUAUUGAAGGUCUAUCACAGACACCUUAUUGGACUUCAACCGAAGCACUCAUGGCUACAGAACUACCUCAUCAUUUGAUUAUCAUAGGAGGGUCCUACAUAGCGUUGGAACUUGGACAAUCUUAUAGACGUUUAGGAAGUAAAGUAACUAUUCUGGCAAGAUCGACAUUGUUAUCUAGAGAAGAUCCCUUGAUAAAUUCUACCAUGUGUAAAAUUCUACAACAAGAAGGAGUUGUAGUAGAAUUGCACUGUAAGGUUGAUCAUGUUAGCUACGUUAAUGGACAAUUUGAGUUGGAGCUAACUGAUAAACGUCAUUUAAGUGGAGACCAGUUAUUAAUUGCAAGUGGUAGAAAGGCAAAUGUGGAUAACAUGGGAUUGGAUCAUAUUCCUAUCAAGAUGGAUGAGAAACGAGAUAUUGUUGUCAAUGAAUAUUUGCAGACCAGUUGUGAGGAUAUUUAUGCAGUGGGUGACUGCACCAAUAUUCCGAAAUAUGUUUAUGUUGCAGCAGCUGCAGGGACCAAAGCUGCAAAGAAUAUAGUUGGCAGCUUGAAAGGUUGUCAAUCUGCUUGUACAACAACUCAUUGUGAUUCAUCAUCAUCUUUAUAUCGCUUGGAUCUUUCCAUCGUUCCUGGUGUCGUAUUUACAGAUCCUCAAGUGGCUACUAUAGGAAUGACCGAACAGCAAGCCAAAUAUCAUGGCAUAGAGACAGAUAGUAGAGUCUUUCAUUUCUGUCAUCUUCCUCGAGCGUUGGUGAAUUUCGAUGAACGUGGAUGUAUCAAAUUGUUGAUAGAAAGAAAUAGUCUGUUACUCAUUGGCGCUGUUAUUAUUGCACCUUGUGGAGGAGACAUGAUACAAACUAUUGAUAUUGCUAUGCGAUGUAAAAUGACAGUGAAACAAUUGGCAGAAGAAUUGUUUCCUUAUUUGACAUUUGUAGAAGCAAUCAAGUUAUGUGCUCAAAUGUUUUUCAAAGAUGUGUCCCGAUUGUCUUGUUGUGCUGGAUAAAGAAAGAAAAAUGUACAAUGAGCG